ACUAGUCGACAGCCGCAUACAAAACAAGCAAUUUUCUCACAUAUUUUAUUAAAUUGUAAAAUUAAUGCAAGAUGUCGGCUGAUGUACGUGAUAUUUUGGACAUUGAGCGUGCGAAUACGCCUGAAAUCACCAGAGACUCUUUUCUUGCCACCAAGAAGCGCAAUUUCGAGCGUACCAAACAUGCUUCCCGGCGUCCGGAGGGCAUGCAUCGCGAAGUCUUUGCGCUGUUGUACACAGACAAGAAGGAUGCACCGCCUUUGCUGCCCACAGACACCGCACUGGGCAUUGGUGCGGGCUACAAACAGAACAAGGCUCGGCUGGGCAUGAAGAAGGUGCGCAAAUGGGAGUGGGCGCCAUUCUCGAAUCCGGCGCGCAACGAUGCGGCCGUUUUUCAUCAUUGGAAACGCGUCAGCGAUGACUCCACAGACUACCCGUUCGCCAAAUUCAAUAAGCAACUGGAGAUACCCAGCUACACAAUGACCGAGUACAAUGCACACCUGCGCAACAACAUACAAAAUUGGAGCAAGGUGCAAACGGAUCAUCUCUUCGACCUGGCCAGACGGUUUGACCUGCGCUUUAUUGUGAUGGCGGAUCGCUGGAAUCGCCAGCAGCAUGGCGCCAAAACCGUGGAGGAGCUUAAGGAGCGCUAUUAUGAAGUAAUUGCACUGCUGGCCAAGGCUAAGAAUCAGUCCAGCGAGAAGAAAACAUAUGUCUAUGAUGCCGAGCACGAGCGCCGGCGCAAAGAGCAGCUAGAGAAACUCUUCAAGCGCACCACACAGCAGGUGGAAGAGGAGCAAAUGCUCAUCAAUGAGAUGAAGAAAAUUGAGGCGCGCAAAAAGGAGCGAGAGCGCAAAACACAAGAUCUACAAAAACUGAUCUCCCAAGCGGAUCAGCAGAACGAGCACGCGGCCAAUACGCCAAGCACACGUAAAUACGAAAAGAAGCUGCACAAGAAAAAGGUGCAUCAUCAGCCGCGACCCUCGAAAGUGGACUCUGUGGUGAAUGCCAUCGAAAUUGGCAGCAGCGGCAUCAAGUUUGCCGAUCUGCGUGGCUCUGGGGUAUCGUUGCGCUCGCAAAAGAUGAAACUGCCCGCGAAUAUAGGACAGCGCAAGGUGAAAGCGCUGGAGCAGGCCAUACAAGAGUUCAAAGUUGAUCCUGCGCCACCUCCCACGGAAGACAUAUGCACAUCCUUUAAUGAGCUGCGUUCGGAUAUGGUGCUGCUCUGCGAGCUGCGCACGGCACUCUCCACGUGCAUUUACGAGAUGGAGAGCCUCAAGCAUCAAUACGAGGCCGCCUGUCCGGGCAAGACACUCAACAUACCGCCCUCGUUGGUGCCCAUCAAGAGCGAAACGCUGGACCCUAGCGCAAAUUAAGGCAGCUUAUAGCUGGACGCAGACGCGUCCGUUUCCAUGGAAGACAAUACGCACGGCGUGUACUAAUCAGUGCAACCAACAUCAACAACAGUUGCUAUCGGCGCGUAACCCGUUUGCCGUUUGCCACUCGCUAUAUUUGUACAUGUGCGCUACUCCCAGUCUAGUUAGUUGUUAGAAUA